AUGUCUGAGAAGGGCGGCCGCUGGAACAACGUGGAGUUCAUUACGAGCCUCAUGAUGUCUUUCUACAACGAGUUGAAGGGAGACGGCCUCUCCAAGGAGAAGAAGGACGCCAUCGAGGUUCGUCUCCGUGGACAGGGCUUCGAGGAUGUCACCUGGAACGGCAUUCGGGAGGCUGCUUUUCCUGUUUGUUUUUUCUACCUCACUGUCGUCCUCGUCGCUCGUCCGCCGUCGUCUCUUUCCGGCCUGCAAUCUUUCACAAUGGCCGACAAGUCUGGCAAAUGGAACAACCCAGUCCUCCUCGAGUCUUUGGUGAUGGCUUUCCACGGCCUUGCCAAGUCAGCAGACGGUCUCACAAAGGAGUCCAAGGACGCGGUCGUCGCCAAAGCCCACCUCUGGGGCUUCACCGACAUAACUUGGGAAGGCAUUAGGUUCAUUCAACCCGUCACGAUGUCUCGCAACGUUAUGCGAUGGACCCCAGAGGUCGAUCAGCAGAUCCUCAUCGCGCUCAUCAAGGCCAUCAACCCGACCGCGGAGCAAUACGAUACUGUACUGCAGAACCUUCAGCCUUGCGGCUACAAUUUCACAUUCUUUCCCUUCUUUCUUCCAGUCUGCGCUUUUCCUAAAACACUAUCACACUUCCAAUUUUUCUACCUCCCCCACUCAACAACCUCUCCUGUUCAACAAUCUUCCAUCUCCGUCGUCUAUCUCCAUCUUCCAUCUCCAUCGUCCAUCUCCAUCGUCCAUCUCCAUCGUCCAUCUCCAUCGUCCAUCUCCAUCGUCCAUCUCCAUCGUCCAUCUCUAUCUACACUAUCAACUGUUACUCCUCCACACCAGCUCAUCACCAUGUCUCGUCACUACCAGAAGUGGACGCCCGAGAUUGACCAGCAAAUUCUUGCUGCCAUGGUCAAGGUGAUGAUUCCGACCGCCGAGCAAUACAAUGCUAUCAUGCAGGAACUCGAGCCUUGCGGAUAUGGCUUCACUGCCAUUACCAUGAAGUGA